UUUUCAUUCUCUCAAAACUGUCCUCUCUUGUUCCAUGCACUUUCUCUGGAAUUUCUCCUCCAUUCUCUUCAUACAUAAAUAGUGAAAUGAUUAAUAUGUUCACUUCUCAUACUUACGUAAAAGAAUAAUAUACUUUUUCAAAUAAAAAAAACGUGUCCCACUCAUUGUUUUAAAGUGCGAUCAAAUUCUCUUUCGAAGAACAUCAUGCAAAACAUAAAUAAUUUUCGCAAUAUCUCAUAACGUUUGUCUCUGAGAAUUAGAGAGAUAGAGAGCGAAUUUGUGUGUGUGUAUGUAUAGAUGCAACCAACACAGCUAACCGUUAUGAGGACGGCCGUUGACGACCAGUAAAGUGCGGCCGCUGAGCAACAUGCGAAGAUGGUCAACAAUCAUGCAGACAACCAUUUGCCAUCGUGUAGCAGCCAGAUAAAUUUGCAUCCUCGUGCGACACACGUUCCGGAGAGAAUGCUGAGAGUGAGCGAGCAUUGACGUACGCUCCAGUGUCCGGGAUGUGGAUUUUGACAGUUGACAGUUUGAUAUUUCGCGCAGACCCGUAGACAAACGGAGGGACAACGAGCCUGCCAUAAGGCAACCGGUGACAGCAAGCGCUUUGGCAGUCACGAAAGCUUGCCAUGGUGCCGUGAAAACUCCGUCCCGUCGGAAAACUGUCAAUGUCGCAUUGCGGAUGAGCGUCGCGCUGCUGCGAGACCAUAUCACGAGUCCCGGUUCACUUUUACACCGUAAAAGUUGUGCUAUUUAAGUUGUGUUCUAGUGUGAAACCUUAUUAUACAGGCCAAAAAAUGAAACAAGUGAAAUCUGCAUUAGCAUAAAGUGUUCCAAAUGUGUAUGUGUAUGUGUAUAAGGUUUUGUGCCCAAAAAUCUAGCAGCCCAUAGAAAAUCGUGCAAAAGUAUAGUGUGAAUAGCAAAAGGGAAGAAACAAAAAAUCAAUUAUCUGCAGCAUAAAGAAGUCGGCAAUUCGGGUAGCAGCUGGGCAGGGGAGAGAAAAAAAACAAAACUUGGCACCAGCUGCACCGAACCCAGCAGUGUGAACCGCCUGAAAUCAAUAUCUGGUCCACACCAGUGGACCACCAGUGACCCAUCGGCAUUAUAUUCGGUGGUUCGGUUUAAGGGUUUGUCGGUGUGCAAUACAAUGGUACGACUAAGUUAGGGUUGCUGUCGACCUAGCCCGGAACUCAAUGUCGCCAUCAGUAGUAGCAAAAGAAGCAGCAGCAGCAGCAGCAGCACUAGCAGCAGCAGCAGCAGAAGUAGUAGUACCAGCGUCAACAGUAUCGUGUCCUCGACGCCACCAACGAAACAACGGAAAAACGGAAUCUUCGUAACCUUUUCUUGUGCGCUUCCUACAUUUCUAGCGCACUUCCCCUAUUUGCUCUCCUGUUUUUUUUGUCUUCUCUUAACACUCAAAGUAUAAACGCACACUCGCGUACAAAAAGGCGCAUGAGAAAUAUAUCUAAACACACACACACAUAGCGCCCACAUAUUAUCCUUCUCUCGCUCCGGAGUGUGCUCUCUGCGGUUGCCGCACACUGUUGCAUUUCAACCGCGCCAACACUACACCCGCUAACGUCACCCGCUAAGUAACCCAUCAUAUGGUACGAGCUUCUGCUCCAGGAACCGGCACAAAGGGUUCCGUUUCGUCUGCACUACGAAAGGAUUAAUCAGCUACGAACGCAAAACGUUGUUAUUAGGAUAGGCGAAUUUUGUAAUUCAAACCAACGCAUAGAACAUGGAUCGAAAGCAGUGGGUUAUAAUUCCUUUAGCAUUGGUAGGAGUAUUUUGGUUUUGGAUUCCACAGGUUUCCGCAGAGUGUCAAACACGUUCCAUCUACUGCUACGAGUGUGACAGCUGGACGGAUGCACGAUGCAAGGAUCCCUUCAACUAUACCGCCCUACCACGGGAUCAGCCACCGCUGAUGACCUGUAACGGAUGCUGCGUCAAAAUGGUGCGCCAUUCGAGAACACCGUACGAAGUCGUGAGGCGGAUGUGUACGUCACAGUUGCAGAUCAAUCUGUUCAUGGUAGAUCAUGUGUGUAUGAUGGAAAGUUCUGGCAAUGGCCAUAUGUGUUUCUGUGAGGAAGAUAUGUGUAACUCCAGUCCCUCCAGCUUGCUCACCGCAAACGAUCACCGGCACACCGUGCACACGUGCAUCGGUAGCGUGCUAGCCGUGUACUUGCUACAGCUCCUCCAGCGGGUCUUUCGGUAAAGCGUGUUUUGGGUCGGUGCAGGUUAACAGCCAGCUUCUGUCACUUGUCCCAUUUUCCGUGUCCCAGCUCCCGGCUCAUCUUUCCCAUCUACCAAUCAAUCUUCCAAAACAUGGACCCAACUUGGUUUUCCUCGCCCAAAAGAGUGUGCAGAAUGCUGUUACCCGUGCGCAGACAAUGAAAGACUCGCGUACUCGUUCGUAUUACUA